AUGAGCGGAUCGCGGCUGCUCUCUGCCGCGUCCUAUGUGGGCAGCUCAUUGGCCAUGACUUCUCUCACGAAGUACGCCGCCUCGGCGUGGCGGUUUCCAGGCUCGAGCUUGUUGCUGCUCAUCGAGUGCUGGGCCACGGUGCUAGCCCUCGGCGCCUUUCGAGCCUACUACCCACUGAGCUGGCCCAUCUUGCGGCACAUGCCGCUGGUCACCGUCACCAAGGCGGUGAAUAUGUAUCUCAGCUUUCUGGCCAUGAGGCGAACCAGCCUUCCCGUGUACAACGUGCUGAAGCGCUUGCAGCCGGUGUAUGCCAUGGGACAGGACUGGCUCAUCCGUGGCAGCCUCCCAAGCACCGGAGAGUUUGCCAGCGUGAUUCUCAUUGCCACUGGUACUAUUGUGACUGGCUUGGGCGAUCUCGAUUUUGAUGUCGGCGGCUACGCUCUUGCCUUACUGGCAGCAGGGUGCCAGUCUCUAUACCUGGUUCUGGCACGACAUGCUCAGGACAGUGGCAAGUUGUCCUCAAUGGAUCUUGUCUUCUAUACCGCGUUUUACAACUCCGUGCUUUUCAUUCCACUAUCCAUGUUGGAGUUGUCUGCCGUACUGGCAUUUCUUGAUAGCCCAGGCGAGGUUAGCAACUUCUUCCAGUUCUUGACUCCAUAUGUCAUGCUGGGUGCAUUGCUGAACUAUGCCACUUUCUGGUGUACGGCAGAGACUUCUCCGCUGGCUACAGCUGUGGCAGGGACCCUGAAAGGCGUGCUGUCCUCUUUGGCGGGCAUGCUUCUUUUCGGAGCGCACCUCACACCCAUUGGCUGGAUGGGGCUGAUUGGUAGCACGAUUGGCGGAUUCCUGUAUUCAGCCAGCAGGGAGCUCAUCCGUGCAACGUCCGCGCCCAGUUUCCAAGCGGCAGCUGCCUGCAACUUCAGGCCCCGUUGGGAUGUCCCCGCCAUGGCGCUGGAUGAGGCUGUGACCAGCCAGGAGCAGGCGGCAGAGGAGGUGAAAAGGUCCCUGCUACCAUCUUACUGGAGGCCGAAGGAUCCUGCCUUGGAUUGGCCCGCACCGGGAUUCUUGCAUCCCACCACAGGCUUCUCCAGGACUGAUGGAGGGGGGCCCUGGCCAAACUGA